CAGCUGUCAGAGGAAGCUAUAGAGCAUCUUUGCUGCUAUCUAUCCGAGCGCGUUAUUAUGAAUUUGUUUGUGAAUUUCUACAUUUUCCAGUCUCUAUCGUAAUUAUCGCUAGCAAUAUAUUUAACUUAAGCUUGAAUGCACAGAUGUACAGAAAAAUCCGCAUUUUAUAGUGUAUUUCUGUUGAGCUGUGCUCAGAAUUAAGGUAGCUGUAGCUGGCUAGCUUGUUGUUAGCUGCGGACAAAUCUGGUGCAGACAGGUUUUGCACUGCAGACACAGCUUCUCUUGUUUGUCAUUGUUCAUGGGCGAAAAGUUUUAUUUUAUUUGAGGACUGUAAAUACCAUGCAACUUUAUUACGCAGCCAAUGAUUUACAGCGAAUAUGCAAUACUAUGAAUUAAGCUUUGGCGGCAUUAUGAAUUUAAAUGAGUAACGUUGGAUCAAUUAUAUAGUAUUUAGACUUUAAGUCAUCCGAAUGCAUUUUAUCUUAAAUCAUUUUAUCCGUUGUAUUGUAAAAAGUGUAUUUACCAAUUGUGUGGUAUAAGAUCUGUUUAUCCACAAAGAGGCGAACGUUUGUUUCAAUUAACGAACAUGGAUAAGAAGUCAUUUGAUAUUGUCUUGGAUGAGAUAAGAAAGUGCGUCCUGACCGAUCAGCGGAUCAAAGCCAUAGAGCAGGUGCAUGGGUAUUUCUCCAGUGAGCAGGUGAUGGAGAUACUGAAGUAUUUCUCAUGGGCAGAGCCACAGAUCAAAGCAGUUAAAGCUCUGCAGCAUAAAAUGGUUGCAGUUCCUACAACCAAAGUUGCAAAUGUCCUGAAUUGCUUCACCUUCUCAAAGGACAGACUGAUUGUCCUGGAACUAAUAGCUUUGAACAUUUCAGAUGCUCAAAAUUAUCGUCCUGUGGAGGAUCUGUUUCGCAUACACUUGUCUGAGAAGAAGCGGGCUCGCAGGAUACUGGAGCAAGUAUGUAAGGUUGGCUGCAAGGCUCCUGUCGCCAUGAUCUCCUCCUGCGGUAUGAUACCAGGAAAUCCAUACCCUAAAGGCAAACCCAGCCUGGUUAGUGGCACAUUCCCUGGAAUCCCUCCAGUAAAGAAAGAAGGCGAGAAGAAAGAGGACACUUCUAACAGUCUUGAGGGGAAAGGAAUUUCUUCUCGUAUUAUUGGACCUUUCAAACCUUUUCCCUCAACCUACAACCCUCAUCGGCCCGUGCCCUACCCUAUACCACCAUGCCGACCCCAUGCCACCAUCGCACCAAGUGCGUACAACAACGCAGGCCUUGUUUCUGUGGGAGGGGUUAUAACAUCCAGCGUGCCCCCUCCCCCCUACAACUCCACCCACAAAGUAGCAGGUUACGCCAAGCCAGGCAAUCCGCUGCACACCACACCUGGAGUCAAAAGCGGGACCCCCCUCAUUCCUCAUGGGUCCACGCCUUCCACCCCUAUCCCACCUCAGGCUUCUCCUGCUCAACCGCCUCCCACGACCCCUAUCACACCAGUUUUCCCCGGCAUGGUGCCUUCUCACAACCCUAAUGCCCCCUCUCACUCCCCUGCUCCAUCCCCAUCUGUGAUCAAAGCAGGUCCACAGACCCCCAGUGGCCAUUCUACACCUACACCCUCUUCUGUCAUUAAAGCCCACACCCCUUCAGGCACCCCUUGUGGAACUCCUGUCCCCGGCAGCGGGGGCUUCUCCCCUUCCCCCUUCCAUUCCAUUUCCCGACCGGGCACCCCUGCCUCCCGCAGCGGCCCUGACCCCUUAUCUCAGACAAACUCCAUGGGCUCAACUCAGCAGAGGGUAUUUUCCCAGUCCGCAGACCACCAGUCAGGACUCACCCACCCUGGCAUGCACCUACAAGCAGGUAACCCCUCUGGCUCCGUAAUCCGAAGCUACACUCCCUCUGGACCGUCCAAUCCAGUUAUUCCGAGCUGUUCUGCCCCCGGCCUCAGUCCCAAACCUUCCCCAUCUCACUCUGCACAGAUUCAGGCGGCCAUGAUUCAGGCUGGAGUCCUGAACAGACACACUGGGGGAAGUAACAGUGGCAGUAACAGCCCUGUGCCCUCUGCUUUCAAGGGCACCUCUCGCUCUGGCACACCGUCUAUUAGCUCUCUUGUGGUACAAGGUUCUGCGCAGGCUGCCCUGGCACGUUCCUUGGGUCUGUCACACCCCUCAGGUUCUCCUCAAGUCUCACUCUCUAAUGCUGUUGCUCUCUCUGGCCUCCAAGCUCUGUCUUCCAGCCCAGCACCCUCUCAUUAUCCUGGCCUGUCCCACUUUUCCGCUCUCCCUCCUUCCUCCAUGCCUUCAUCCAUGCCUCCCACUUGCAACAUUUCUAAUCAUCCAACAGCUUCCAUGUACCCAGGCCUGGGUCCCAACGUUAACCCCGGUGGAGGCUCCCCUUUCAGUUUGGGCCUCACCUCUGCCCCCUCUAUGUUCCCAGGCCUUCCGCCUGGUUCUAGCCCCGGUGGCUUCCCAGGGUUGGGGCAUUCAGGAGGGCACGGUGCUGGGAGCCCUGUGUUGUCUUCAUUCAUGGGACUCUCAGGAGCCUCUUCAUCUUCAGUAGCAUCGGUGGCACCACUGCAGGCAGCAGCAGCCGCAGCAGCAGCAGCCGCAGCUGGAGUUCCAUCAUCAUCGCCGGUUUUACCAGGCUUUGCGUCUGCUUUCAGCUCCAACUUCCAGCCUGGGUUGAGCAGUGGACUCCAGCCUCCAGGAAGCAGUGGGUUCCCUGGCUUACUCUCCUUCCCCGGGGUGCCAGGCUUCUCCUCUGCCUCUCCUGCUGCCCUCCACAACCAAGCCAUGCAGUCUGCCCUGCUACAGGGUCAUCCCUCUUCUGGGUUGGAGAACUUUCCUCCCAACAGUUUUGCCAACUACCCUCCAGGCCCAGGAAACCCCUUCCCCCUCCAACCAGGCCUGCACCCCCAGUUGGGUUGGCAGUGAAACCAACUAUAUACUUUAAAACAAGGAGUACACUUACACACGGACCCCCGUCCCCUGUCCCCUCCCCCCCCCCCCAGCAGUUGACACGUUUUAUUGUUUGUCCUUGAUCCCUGAAGAGCACAGGGCAGAUAGGAGGGUUUCAAUAAUGUGUAUGUUACAGCCAAGAGUUACUACGACAAGAAAACACUAUCAUGAAAGCAGUUGAAAUAGUGUGUGGGGGAGAUAUAUAGCAUAUUUCCUAUAUUAUUCAUAGUGAACAGUUGUAAAUAUCAAUUGUCGAAGUUGUUAGGUUUUACAAGUAUACCAUGACUGGUUUUAAAUGUUAGCUGGACUUGACUGUUUUUAAUCAAGUUUAUCAACAUUUAUUAAUGACUAAUGAAAUUGAAAAAUGUACAUGAUAUCAUGUAAUGAAGUGACAGUAUCCUCAUGUGUUUCUAUAUAGUCUCAGUGGAAAGGACAUGCGUAUGAUACUGGCUGAUUAUCCUGAAUUGAAUAUUGUAUUAUGAUGUGACAUUUUUAGGUGACUUAUGGUAAAUUGAGCUGUAUGUCACAGUCAUCUUUGAAGUGGACACACCAUGUGUUUUAACCCUCGUGCUGUGUCAAGGGUGAGAGCAUUGCAUCUGCCAGUUCCACUCAUGUGUGUGUUAUUUUCACUGAACACACUCUCGUGGCUGUCGGCAGUUUACUGCGAUGUACAUGUGUUUACAAAUGCAUUUUGAAAGAUGUCACCCUGCUAGUGCUAUUAUUACAGUAUUUGACCAGAGAUACUGUGUGCAGAUGUUUCUGAUUUAUAUAUGGACUUAAGAUAUAAAAGGUCUAUAUUCUUCAGUAAUGCUUUGCAACAUAAUGAAAACUGUAAUUUUUACCUCAUUUACUGUACAUCUCAGUACACUCUGAGACAGUUGAGAGUAAUAGACACGAUGUUUGUUGCCCUGUGUUGUUUUGUCUGUUUUGCCCUUUUUUUUAUUAUUUUGUCAGUAAACUGCUGGUUGCUGAAACUGUUGCUGUAUCUGUAUUCUGUGCGGUUCCACAGGAAAGCCUCAUAAAUACAAUAAUGCGUAGAUAACUAAUGACAGCUAGACAUGCAGAUCCUAUGAAGACAAGCUGUUAUUUGUGUUUAAAGAGGUCUCACAAUCAUUGCCUAUAUAUAUGGGAUUUUUUAAUAAAAGAGGGCCAAGAUCAAAUGAGGCCACAAAGUGAUAGCCUCAUGGACAUACAUUAUUUUAUCAGCAAAGUAAAGGUCAAAGGUAAAUGUUCAUGGUGAGAGAAAGACUCAAUUAACUGGCUAGUUGUUAAAUAUUGCAAAAUAAAACCUGAAAAGUGACCAUAUAAUUGAAUCUGGACUGAUGAUUGUGGUCACUUUACUUACCUUGA